GGAAUCAUCCUCCGGCCUCGGAGCUGCUGCUGCUGCUGCUGCUGCCGCUGCUGCUGCUUUUGGGGCUGAGUUUAAUAAGCGAGCGAGCGCGGGGUGGGGGCAAAAAAGAAAGAAAGAAAAAAAAAAGGGCAGAGAAUGUCCGCCAUCUACCCUCCGCUCCCGGGCGCGCUCUCAUUCAUAGCAGCCUCUUCAUGAAUUACAGCUGAGGGGGGGCGGGGGACGGGGUACCACACAGCACCCCAGCAAACCUCCGGGCCCCCAGGCAUGGCUAGCUCGUGUGCCGUGCAGGUGAAGCUGGAGCUGGGGCACCGCGCCCAGGUGAGGAAAAAACCCACCGUGGAGGGCUUCACCCACGACUGGAUGGUGUUCGUGCGCGGCCCGGAGCACAGUAACAUACAGCACUUUGUGGAGAAAGUCGUCUUCCACUUGCACGAAAGCUUUCCUAGGCCAAAAAGAGUGUGCAAAGAUCCUCCUUACAAAGUAGAAGAAUCUGGGUAUGCUGGUUUCAUUUUGCCAAUUGAGGUCUAUUUUAAAAACAAGGAAGAACCUAAGAAAGUUCGCUUUGAUUAUGACUUAUUCUUGCAUCUUGAAGGCCAUCCACCCGUGAAUCACCUCCGCUGUGAAAAGCUAACUUUCAACAACCCCACAGAGGAUUUUAGAAGAAAGUUGCUGAAGGCAGGAGGGGAUCCCAAUAGGAGCAUCCAUACCAGCAGCAGCAGCAGCAGCAGUAGCAGCAGCAGCAGCAGCAGCAGCAGCAGUAGUAGCAGUAGCAGCAGCAGCAGCAGUAGCAGCAGCAGCAGCAGCAGUAGCAGCAGUAGCAGCAGCAGCAGCAGCAGUAGUACCAGUUUUUCAAAGCCUCACAAAUUAAUGAAGGAGCACAAGGAAAAACCCUCUAAAGACUCCAGAGAACAUAAAAGUGCCUUCAAAGAACCUUCCAGGGAUCACAACAAAUCUUCCAAAGAAUCCUCUAAGAAACCCAAAGAAAAUAAAGCACUGAAAGAAGAGAAAAUAGUUCCUAAGAUGGCCUUCAAGGAACCUAAACCCAUGUCAAAAGAACCAAAACCAGACAGUAACUUACUCACCAUCACCAGUGGACAGCAAGACAAGAAGGCUCCUAGUAAAAGGCCCCCAAUUUCAGAUUCAGAAGAACUUUCAGCCAAAAAAAGAAAAAAGAGUAGCUCAGAGGCUCUAUUUAAAAGUUUUUCUAGUGCACCACCGCUGAUACUCACUUGUUCUGCUGACAAAAAACAGAUAAAAGAUAAAUCUCAUGUCAAGAUGGGAAAGGUCAAAAUUGAAAGUGAGACAUCAGAGAAGAAAAAAUCAACUUUACCACCAUUUGAUGACAUUGUGGAUCCCAAUGAUUCAGACGUGGAGGAGAAUAUGUCCUCUAAAUCUGAUUCUGAACAACCCAGUCCUGCCAGUUCCAGCUCCAGCUCCAGCUCUAGCUUCACUCCGUCCCAGACCAGACAACAAGGUCCUUUAAGGUCUAUAAUGAAAGAUUUGCAUUCCGAUGACAAUGAGGAAGAAUCAGAUGAGGCAGAGGAUAAUGACAAUGACUCAGAGAUGGAGAGACCUGUAAAUAGAGGAGGCAGCAGAAGUCGCAGAGUUAGCUUAAGUGAUGGCAGUGAUAGUGAAAGCAGUUCUGCAUCUUCACCCCUACAUCAUGAACCCCCACCACCUUUAUUAAAAACCAACAACAACCAGAUUCUUGAAGUGAAAAGUCCAAUAAAGCAAAGCAAAUCAGAUAAGCAAAUAAAGAAUGGCGAAUGUGACAAGGCAUACCUAGAUGAACUGGUAGAGCUUCACAGAAGGCUGAUGACGCUGAGGGAAAGACACAUUUUACAGCAGAUCGUGAACCUCAUAGAAGAAACUGGACACUUUCAUAUCACAAACACAACAUUUGAUUUUGAUCUUUGCUCGCUGGAUAAAACCACAGUCCGUAAACUACAGAGUUACCUGGAAACAUCUGGAACAUCCUGAGGAUACAACUGGAUGCAUCAAAAACUCUUGGAUUUUGUUUUUUUUUUGGGGGGGGUGGGUGGGUGGGUGUGAUUUUUGUUGUUGUUGUUUAUAUGAAAACAGUCAGAAUGAUGCAACCAAAAGGGAAAAAAUAAAAAUCAAACAACCUUCAGCUUUAUUUUUCUUUAAAGCCAGUCAUCAUCUCUUGACAAAGGAGAGGUUAAGCAAACCAGCCUCAGCAGACCACUCUUCUCUCCAAGGAAAUCCCCGGGAAGAGUUAGCCUGGAUAGCCUUGAAAACAAACAAAUCCAACACAACACAAGAAAACUUAAAGAAUGUGUAUGGUAUCUUAUAUCUCUCUCUCUGGUGGUUCGUUCCAAAGGACGAAUGCAUAUUCAACACACUGCCUUAUUACGUAACUGAUCUAUUUAUUAUCGCAUACAGAUAUCCUAAAGUCUUUGGGAGAAUGAUACCAGACAUAAGUACUUGGUCUCAUGGAUGCUCUAUCAAUGCAGCACCCUUGCCAUCCCAAACCCAGUGACCUUACUCGUGUACCCUGCCACUCUCCAACAAAUUCUUCUAAGUCCUUAACAUGUUGCAGUCUCUGUUUUCCACUUUUUGUUUUUCCAGUUCCAGGACACAAAUUAUCAACUGGGGUUUGAGAGGGUAGGCGCCAGGGAGGGACCAAAUAACCACCUUGAUUUUCUUCUUUGUGGUCUUUUUCCUGAAAGUUGGGACCUUGCCCUUGGCUGUAUCCGUGUAAUGAUCCCGGACCAUGGUAGAAAAUGCACCAAAUAGGAUCAUACGAAUUCCUCUCUAGCCUUAGUCAAUAAGCCCAUAGGACUUUAAAACAAAAGUGUACCUGUAAAUGUCCUGAAUCUAGCAUUGUUGAGCUGCCAUCAACAUGCUUGUGUCUGUUUCCUGUCAUAAGAUUAGGUAAAUAUGGAUGUAAAGGCAUUCUACAGGAUCAUCAUUUUUAAAAGAAAAGAAAUCUGUUUUCUAAAAUGUUGUAGAAAAUCUUGAUUUGGAUCUAUUUAUUAGUAAGAGAUUCAGCUUUCUUUAGCUGCCAAUGUGUUACACAUCUUUACAGUAAAACUUGGAAUAAGAGAUUUUGGUUUGUUCAUAAAUGAUUCUCCUAGACUGUUUUAUAUUUGAAAAAUUAAAACCUUUGGGGAGAAAUUCUUGGUUAUUCUGCCAUAAAAGUUUAUGUAUUAACUUGUAGAUUCAUGGUUUGGUAUCUGUUUAGUUACUAAUGUGACAAAAAAGUUUUCUGUAUUGGUGAAAGUAAAGAUGAUUGGGGAGUGGGCAUAUUUUCUUUUUCUUCUUGUUGUACCUAUGUUUUGAAACUAGAAAUCUGUCCUGUGGCAUGCAAAAGAAAGCAUUAUUUUUAAAAGAAAAAGAAAAACACGUAAUACUUUUGGUGUCAUUAUUCUAUCUUCUCUGUAAAUGGAAACAUGGAAAGGGAGAAUAGCUUCCAAGUUUCACUAGAAAACUCAACUGAAAAGACAAGAAAUGAAGAAAUGCUUCCGGAUCCAAAGGUUCAUCACUGGGUCAGCCUUAAGAAAGUCUGUGUGUGCUCAUCAAUGAAUAUCGCCCUUGCUUGUUCCCGUGGUGCCAGAUGCUGGCUUUUCAUCCAGAUACUAACUAGUGUGUGUACAGAAAAUGGGCUUUCCAUACCCAUUCAUUUGAGUAGUAAUGUAAAUGCAGAUUGAUAAUGGAAUGUUUCUGCAUUUUAUAAGGGGGAUUUUUUUUUACACUGUUUCUGUCUAUCCAAAGAAACUAUUUUUUUUUCCUUUGAAACAAUUAUGAUACAGCCAUGAUCCUUGUAAAUUACUUUUAUGAAGUGUCUUCCCAGAGGACAAGUGUACUUUUUCAAGAAUGUUGGGCUUUUUAAUGAUUGGCAUGAACCGUACUUGAGACAUUUGUUGUGUCAUCCACUUCUUGAUGUAUAAUUGCAGAGGUACUUUCUGAGUCAUUUUAGACAUUAGUUAAACGUUCAAAUGAAUGAUGAAUCAUGUGGUUUAGCUGUGUUUUAUUUUUAACUUGGGCAAAAGGAAAGGGCAAUACAUAUAGAGAAAUGUUUGCAAAAUUUCUUACUGUGUAUUGAUGUAUUUUAAUUAAACCAGAAUUUAUGUGGUUUAAUUAAUAUACCUGUGUUUUAAACUACACUUAAUCUUAGCCAAAAGGCCAAGAAGCAAUUCUGUGCUUGUUAAACUAAGAACUUGUACAUGUAGUUUGGGCCAUUUUUUAUUUCUGUAACUAUUUUUUGUAAGAGCUGAUUUUUUUUCCUUUAGUUACUAGAAAGGAACUAGGUCAGACAAAAAGUUUCCAAAAAUAGGAGAGGGAAGAAAAUAAUAAUGGCAGCUAUUUUAGUGAUAAACUUUAGAUCUGAAAACUAAGUAGAAAAGCAAAUGUCUUCAGCAUAUAAAAUAUGAGUUUUCAAAUUGAUAAUAAAAUCCAGAAUAAUUUUCAAUUUAAUACCCUUAAGAAAACGACUUUACACAGAAUUUUGAUCAGGAAAGUGUCAUGUUGUUUUUUCUAAAGUGAUAAUUUUACUGUCAUCAUCUUGGUUUUUUAAAUACAGAAAAUGUAAAUAUUUUUAAUUGACCUUAAAGAGUUAUAAUACCUCCCUUCAAGUAACCCACUUGAUUCCGCUGUAUUUUAUACACUCAAAUUUGAAACUCAUCAAGAACACCUUUGACACACAUAACCCAACAAUGGCUUUGAUUUACUUUUAAGCACAAGAGGAAAAUGGCAGGUUUAAUUUCUUUGCUGUGAAUAUGUGUGUACACACAUACAUAUCUAUAAAUAGUUCAAAUAAAAUUGAAUGUGAAGUUUGGAUAACAAGAGUAUGAUAAACUUUCUUUGCCAUUAAUAUAUACAGGAAGAACAAUAUUCACAUAGAACUUCUGUUCCUCCUUACUAAUUAGCUUUUGCCACUGGUUUGAAGCAAGAGAUAUUUGAGCAGAGAUCUUUCUAUCUUAGGUUAUAAUAGACAUGGUAGCAAACAAACAAAAACAGGUUUGCAAUUAUUUUUGUCUUUAAUACAACCUGCCUCUCUUACCACUAGAUUGAUAAAUAGAUGUGUCUAGAUAUACUUGCGUAUUGUGUCAAGGUAGGGAAGAACAUAAAAACCACACGUAUUGGGAGACAAAAUCUUCAUUAAAAUCUUGUUCAAAGAGUGUCCUAAACAUUUUUUAAUUGCUAAGCAAAUCUAUUUAAUCUGAAUAAUUGCCUUUUUGUAGGAAGGGUCAAUAAAGUUCUACUAGUAAAAGGUUUCUUCCACUAGAAACAGUUUUUGUUGGAUGCCUUUUAUAUAUCUACCUGACCUUCAAAAAAAUUACCCAUUACCAUCCCAAGCCUAACAAAUGUAGUUAAAAUAACUAUUGAGGGGAUACUACUUGUAGAAUGUUUUCACCUUACCUACUUAAUGAAGUUGGAUAUUUGGUGUUGGGAAUGGUCAGUGUCUGUGUUUGGUGGCUUGUGCUCAUUUUUCUCACUGUGGAAGUGAUCAGCUCUGGAGUAAUUUGCCAUGUGCUUAUAACUUCCAUUCUUUAGCAUUUUGUGUACUAAUGCUGUGUUUGCUCUUCUAUUUAUAUAUAUACGUAUAAAUAUUAUAUCAGUGCUCUUGCCGUGGACUGUUGUUCUAAAGCUAUGACUAUGAUGUAGAGACUACUACAGCUGCAGUGAAUGUUAAGAAGUCCAUUACCGUGGUUGAGUUUAGCAUUGGGCCCAGUGUCUAUAUCUCUUGAUCUUUCUUGUUUUAUAUGAUGCUUCUUAUUACGUAGGCUCUGUCAUCCCUGAAUAUUCCUUAAGAAGAUGCAUCAAAGAAGAGGUGAAUUCAAAAGGAAGACAAAGCCACCACUGUCUGUAAACUGUAAAUAUGUAUUUUGGCACUUGUACUCCAGUAUUCAUGAAAAUAGUCAUGGAAAUGCUGACAGAUCCUUAAUAGUUGCCAGAGCUACCAUGCAGUGAAAAAAUAAAUUAAGUAACAGUGUAUUGUUGAGAUUAACAGUGCAGGGCUGAUACAUUUUAUAAAUCUGUCAGUAUCUUUUCAAUGGUGUGUAUAUGUGUAGUUACAUUGAAAGAAAACUGUGUGUGUACAUGGUUUCAUGUGAAUUACAAAGCACACAUAAGAUGUAUUUCCCAUCUCUACAACCUGUGUUGAAAUGUAAGUACAGAUGCACAGAAAUAGGUGUUUUACUUAAAUUUGUUUCUAAUCUGUUGUGGUUCCGUUUUCUUUACAUUGUGUAUUGUUGCUGAUUUAAGAGUUGAUUGGACAAAGUUUGGCUUUAUUUUGCAUACAGGAAAAAUUAUUCUCCAAGCUUUUUCUUAAGAAGUGAUGCUGUUCCUGAAGAAGCAAUAGGGAGAUAACAAUGCACCCCAGAGCAGCUGAGGACAGAGUUCAUGUCUCAUUCUUUGGAUCCCCAGUGUGUAUUACCAUUUGCUAUAUCCUGAAGACAGCAUGUUGUUUGAGCUGUGUAGGUAGAUACAAAAUAGUGAGGCACAUUCUUGGAAUAAAUGGGGUUAUUUAUGCAUGAUGUUAUUUUUUUCUUUUCCUCUGUUCCUUUGAAAGAUUGGUUCAUAAACUACACAAUGUAUAUAGCUAGACAGUCAAUCUUACACAGAGCCUGCAUUUGCUUUAGAAAUUCUACCUUGAUUACGCAAGGAGUAGGCAAAUCACAACAAAGAAAAUAAAAUACAUUCAGUUUGGCUAAUAAACAAGGAAUUGGAUGUGAUGUUCUCUUGAAUAGUAAAAAGACUCAUCAAAUUUGAGAAACUGAUCUUAUUUGCUUUCAAGCUGACAAGCCAUUUAGGGGAUUAUAAUGAACUUCUUUAUCAACUUGGAACCGGUCUUAGAUUGGAAUCAUCAGUCCCAGAUAGGCUGGGGUGUGCCAAACCUUCCUAAUGCCCACACUUCCAUUACAUGAAUUUGCCUUCUAUCAACAUAUACAUUCAUUUAUUUGAAAUAGCAGCCUUGCAUCGGCUGCAGCAUUGGGGAGAGUGUACAGACCAGCCUCGUGGUUACUGAAAACAGUUCAGGCUGUGGUCCCCAAGCAAUUUCUUCAAGGAAUGCCUCAUAUCAAAUAUUUUCCCUUGAAGCAUGUCCUCUAGGUCUUUCAGAGUUUUGUCUGCACUUGAAUAUGUAAGGAAACCCAGAAAGGAGACACAUGAACCAAGGCCCAAUGCCCAGACUGGUUGGUAAUCCUGGGACAUAGUGUCCAAAAUUGAUGACCUUGUUUUGUUUUUGUUUUUGUUUUUCCUGAUUAGUAGAGCAGCUGAGGGUGUUUCAUUGGUUUCCUUGCCUAGAGGAUAGCAUCCAAUAUAACAUGCCAAGCCCGUUUCCAUGCCUCUGCUUUUUCUGCCAGUGGUAGUAUCCACACCCUCUUAUUUAUGUGGGCCCCUUCUUCAGAGGCAUUUCUAGCCUUUUCCAGAGGUUGUUAAAGCACCCUGGGCUCCCGGCUUGCACUCUUGCUCUUCCACUUAAUUAAAGGUGUAUAACCCUUAUGGACCCCCAGAAUUAGUGAGAGAAAUAUAUAUCACAAGUUGGAAAGUACUCCAGUAAUUGUAACUGGACCCUGUUGCUCUUAAAUAACAGCAAAAAUGACCUACCACCAGCACUGGGAAAGCUACUGUCUUCGCAUUAGAGGAACUCAGAUGCUGUUGUGGCCCCCGGAAGGAGUGGAGAGGGAGAUGGUGAGUAAAGGGAAAGCUAUUCGCUUAUUUUCUGCUCAUAAUCAUGUCUUCCUAGUACAAGCAGCCCCCACUGCAGAGCUCUGAAGUUUCAAAAGAGUAGAAAAGGAUAAAUCCAAGCCAUUAAAAGAAAAUAAUCAAAGCUAUUGAAAAGAUAAAACAAAUGAGUUGCACUAAAAGGGCCGUCUGUGCAAGUAAUAAGGUUGAAAUACUGAUACUGAUUUCCUAGCUGAACAGCAUUCCUCACACAUGUGGUUUGUGUAUCCGCGUCUGGGUGGGUGGUCUGCUGAACAGUGCUAAACACAGCAAGAUGGCUUAGUUUUUGACCAGUGGAGAGAAGCUUUAGAACAAGCUCAGCCCGUGGCAUCUAUAGUCCCUGCAACAUAAAAAGGCUUUCCUUUUGAUUUGUUCAGGGAGGGAAAGUUUUAACUUGGCUUAUUCAUUUAAAUUGGAAUCCCUAUUCUGCACAGGACCAAUCAAAAGGCAGGAGUAUGUGAGAGACAAUUAAAGAGAGAAUGUGUGUUUAAGCAAUUCCUUGUUCUCAUUCCAGUCCUAGGGUGUGGAUGUGCAGCAUAGAAUAAAAAUAAUUCUCCAAUUUUUUUCUAAUAUGUUUCCUGGAUGUUAGACACCUAUAAAGAUCCCUUUUGAGAAUAAUGCUUUUUCCAGGAACGUCUUGGUCUAGGUAGGAAAUGAAAGCAUUUUAAAGGCAUAUUAUGAAUGCCAUCAGUUCACCCAUACUAAUGCUGUAUGACGCAUACUCAGUGGGGAGAGGUUUGUUAAAGGAUCGUUCUUGUAUUCAGGAAACAAGAAACUAUGCUGACUUUUGACAGAUGGGAAUUUUCAUCAACUCUUAAGACAGGUUGCUUCGUGAAUAUCUUUCAGAAUUGCUAGAUGUUGCAGUUUUUGUUUUCAUGUUUUCUCAUUUGGCCAGGGGCAGGGGCUAGAUCGUUGUCUUUCCGACUAUAGUGUUUAUUUAUAGGUUUGUGUCUGUCUCCUUCUCUGGUGUGGAAGCUGUUUGAGGGCACAGAUUUUGAUUUGUUCACUGCUGACUGUUGAAUGCCUGGAACAAUUCCAAGGUAAAUGAGGCACCUGUAUCUGUUGAAGCAAAGUGUGGAAACCUUUUGUGAAACAACUGAUGCCUUUUAAUGUUUCACCAAAAAAAAAAAAAAAAAAGUUAAAUGUUCAAAUAAGCUAGAGGAAAUGCCUAAUAUAUGACCCUUUUGUAAAUUCACAGCUCACUAAAUUACUGUCUCUCGGAGGGCAGAUAUUCUAGCAACCAAUUUGCCUAAUAAUGCUAUUUUCCUAAAUUAUAUAUGUUGCAACGAUAGAUACAUGGAACAACAGAUGUUUUGCUGGAAGUUUCCUUGAUCAAAACAUCUUUUCUAAUAUGUUAAUUCUUUACGUUUUACAAUAGUUUGGGGCAGUUUAGAAACUUUGAGAAAAAUAGCACAGCUACAAACAGCCUCCUAAGCAGUUUUUGACAGGGAGAUGGUUUAGGUGAUCAUUUAACACAUUCUCUAAGCUGGAACACUGUUGAGAAUUAAAAAGGACAUCAUAAAUGAUGCAAGAACAGCACAAGUAAACUGGUACCACCUGACAGAUCAGGAUAUUUGGUCACCCUAGUUGGAAGGAACACACUUUGGGCCACACUGAACUGACACUGGCAUUUGUAAGAUAAGCGGGUUUCGUUGGACUGGUGUAUAAAAGAAAAAGUAUUUUCCUUGCCCAUGGCAAGAUUUAUGGCUGACAUCCCUACAGCAAAAACAGGUUAACAAUAGACACCUAAGAAAUUUGUUUAGCCGGUUUUGUGUGACUUGGGAGGCUUAAGAAA